UUCCAAAUAAAAUAAUUCAUUCAUAUAAUUUUUUUUCACCUAUGCAUUUUGCAAAGCAUAGUAUUAUUCUUGUCUAAAGGUCAUAGAGUUUAAUUACUUGUUCAUCUUUAACUCAGUUCCGCUGCUAAAUCACGGACUUCGCGACUUGCUCAAUUAACUAUUACAAGACAAUUCAAAAAUCAAUCAUUUUUAUAUUUUAGCGCUUCCUUUCAAUUUUUCCAAUUUAAUUUUCGUUCAUGGACAAAUUAUCUUAUAUAUCCGGGUAAAUUAUUCGAAUAAAUCCUCCAUAACCUCCUGUCACCCCUCUCCGUCAUGACGUCAUUGUCGGCCGCCAACUUCGAGGAGAGGAGAAAGGCCCUGAUGGCCAAAAAGCUCUCCUUCUCACCUCCGUCCGUGUCCAAAGUCAAAAAACAAGCCCCGAGCUCGGCGGAGGAGAAACGUAUUAUUUCCGAUCAGAGCAACGGUGAAUUACAGUUACCUGUGAUAAUGACCUCAACUAAUAAUAAUAUUAAUAAAAUCGGCAAAAUCAAGCACGACAUGCACGGAUUAAGUCGUGGAAAGCUGGAUCAAGAGGACGGCGGGAAGCCCUCGCGGCUCUCGGCUAUAGAGAAAAUCAAGGGUAAAAUACAUAUAGACCCAAUGGCUCUCAGGCCGAAAUUACCUCAAACUUCUUCCGCCUCCCACAAAACCGAAAACUCUUAUAACCCACCAAAGUCACCUGAACCCGAUAAACGUAGCCACUUAUCGAGAUCUCCCGUCAUGCGGCACAUACAUAAUCACCCGUCCAAAAUAACGCUGGACGAACCCGCGGACAACGUGCUAUCCUUUGAUCAACCUUCUAAUCACACAACUUUAGCCGCACCUACAUUGACAAGACCUAAAGGUCACUCCAAACGUAAGCCUCCUACUAAAACACUUCCUAAUAUAUCUUCUCUUCCGCCAUCCUUCCUCAUUUCCUCCGGGACUCCAAGUCAACACGCGUCGCUUAAUCGAAACAAUAAUAACAGCAACGAAGAAUCAAAUGUCUCUAACAUGAACGAUGACGUAGUCUCUGAUGUCAUCGGCGAUAUUUUGUUUGUAGACGAAUAAAAUUUAAAUAUUAUAUAGUAGAUUUUUUUUUAUCCCCCCACACAAAAGCGUCUUCUUACUAUUUUCAUAAUCGAUGUAUCGUGAUAUAUUAUUUCUUUGAAUAAUUUGAAACCGAUUUAUAAUCAUUUUUAUAAAAUGUUAUAACGGGCGCUUAUUUUUUUUUAAAGUUUUAAUUUAUUUUUAAAAUAAUUUUUAAAAAAGUAAAUUUGUUAUUAUUUCUAAUAAUCUAAAAAAAAAAAAUUAUCUCUAAAAUUCAAUUCCCAUCUUUAAAUUAAUAUUUUAAAAAAAUAAAUGUUAUUAUAUUUUCUUCAUUAUUUAAGUUCUGCAAAACGCCAUUGUGAUUUUUUUCCUCUAUUAUAAUAUCAACAAUCAUUCAUAAAAAAAAUAUUACUCGAAUAUAAAAUGCUUAAAAUAAUUUUAUAAAUUAACACAACACUUUUAAAUAUUAUUAACUUAUUGCAAGCAAAAAUUAUUAAAAUUUUUAUAAUAAUAAUUAUUUAUAAUUAGACGAUCUUCUAUCGUCACAAUAUUAUACGCAAGGACAGCUUAUGCUUUUUCCAAGAAACCAUCAGGAUCAUCUGGAUAAAUUCAUACGCUAAUUAUACGAUGUUAUAUUGAUUUGGUAUGAUAAAUGCGAAUGCUAUUGGCGCAUUUUAAAUUUUCAUCUCCCCCAAUCCGAAUAUUGCAAAAUUAUAAUUUUUACAAAACAAAACAAAAAAUUAUUAUU